AUGGUCAUUUUCAUCAUAAUAAUCAACAGAAUCAUAGUCGUCAACCUACAACGGCAUAAUUUACGACUUCUAUUGUCUUCAUGCAACAAGAUUUAUGACAACUACAAAAACAACAACAACAAAAACAACAUCAAAGACCACAACAUCAACAAUCCCACGGGUGGCAAAAUCAAGAGCAGCAACGGUUAUAACAACAACAACAUCAGCAACAGAGACCAUACCAGCGACAACAUCAUCAACAAAAACACUUGGGUCAGUGCCAGAAAAAGAAACAAUACCGUCACCGAUAUUUACAGCGAUAAACAUAACAGCAGCAGUUCCAAUAACGAGAGUAAUUAUUAUCGCACCGAACUUGAUUUCAGAAACUGCACUGCAGUCGAUGACUUGAAGAGAGAACGAGAACAAUGCUGCAACAAUGACAACAACAAAAAUGUUGACGACGAUGACGACGAUGAAGGAAGCAGCGAGGACGAGUGGGAUAGCUUGGAUGAAGAGAUCGAAGCAUUCAACAAAUCCAGGGCCGUCGAAUUACUAGAGGAGCUCAAAUUAUCGAAGCGAAAAUCAAAGAAAGGCGAAAAUUUUUUGAAUGGCCAGCUGCACAAGUCAAAAUCUCACGCUAACUUUGGGAAUAGAUUGAAUAGAAGCGCAGCGAUUGAAGAAGAAUUUGUGAUUGAAGUGAGAGACAGUGAUGGUAAUGACGACAACGAUGAUGGCGACAAUGGAUUUCACAAAUCAGCUUCAUCUCACACCGCAUCCAACACGUGCCAAAAUAAUGAUGCUAAGUUUCACCAACAAGGUCAACAUCAUCAACAACAUCUCAAACAUCAAGAACAUUAUUACAAUCAGGAACAACUUUUGCAGCAGCAGCAGCAGCAACAUUUUCAGCAGCAUCAAAACAAAACAAUUUCACAAGAUGUCAUCCCGCUAAACGUCCAUGUUACAGACCACGACAACAAUACGCGAAACAGAAGUUUGAAAAAAGGUGCUAAAAAUUUUGAGAAAGAGCACCAUUCGAGAUCCUUUUCAGACAAGGGACCAAGUGGGAAGAACAAAUCCCAACGUGUCGUUGAUAGGAACACAACGCACGCAAACUCCUACAACUCUGAUCACCCUCUCCUUGAACUCAACAAACUCAAUUGCGACUUAUUUGCAGACUUAGCUCAAAUCAAACGAAAUUUAACCGAAAGAUGCAGCCUCUGGAACGGUAGGAAAUCCAGCAUCCACGACGAACUCUCCUUAUCAGACCAGUACCAACACUUUCUCCCCUUAAGACCAAACUUGCGUAAAGUUUCUCUCCCGCCUCUAUCUGUCAACGAUUCGGAUUCAAAACUAGCGCUCAGUGGUUCAGAUUCAAAACCAAAAUCUCACUGCGUAUCACCUAGAAAGCUGAACCAAUCCAACCAAAAAAAGAAAUCAAAAGAUAGCAGCAGAACAUCAAUGAAAGGCUUCAAACUCAAUCCGCUAAAUAUGCAAACAAGACUUAGUGAGAUCAACGUGGACGGCAACGUUUUGAACGAUAACGUGGAUGAUGACGAGUUGUUGAAGAUUAACAACGGGCGACGAGGCUCUCUGAAACCAUUGUUCAGAGAUUCUGUUGAAAAUAUUAGCAAUAACAAUUUAAAACUAAAUACUACAAAAUUAUCAAGUAUAUUUAAUGAAGACGACGACGACGAUGCGAUUCGUUCUGGGAGGGCCUCUACCGAAAGAUGCUCAGAAUUCAGGACUAAGAAAAAGUUUUUAAAGAAGUUUCAAAACUUUUAUUGCAACGACAACAGUUCACACGAUAACGACGAAUUAAAACCUUCGAGAAUACCACGGCACGAAGAUGCGUGCCAAGCAGAUAACCUCAACUCCUCACGCCAAUCCAAACUUGACAAGUCCUUAGACAGUGAGAAACAAUCGAACAAUCCAACAAAUUCAUCCAGAACGACCAGCAAAUUAAAAUGUGGAAACGACGCAGAAAACGAACACGCUACGCACAUUGCGGUUGCGACGGAACGUUUCCCUAACACUUCACAGACGGACGACUGGAAGGCUAAAUCGUUAGCGGAGUUCUGGCACGAAACAGAAUUAGAUCUAGACGCAUUUUGAUGAUUACAACUCAAUAACACAUUAGAAGACCGAAUCAACAAAAUAUUUUUUUUUAUUAAAAAAUAUAUUAACAUGACAAAUAAACAAGUGUUCUAUGUACAAAAAGUCAAACAUUGAAAAAAAACAAAAUAGUUGAUGUUGAAUUUUUUCCUUUAAAUAAAAAUUUUAUUAACACCUAAA